AUGCCUCUUUGGAACGGUCUCCGCCGCCGGGUCUCCCUGCAGCAGCUACUGCUGUAUUUAGUGGAUGAGGACUACACCCGAACUAGACGAGGAAGGGCUUCUCGUGACGAAGCCAGAGAUCCCGCCGACAUCGACCAGGACCUGCUCAUGCGUAUGGGGCUCAUGCACAGCUCCAGCACUGACGAAACCAUGAAUGUAAUUGACAGCGUGUAUGACCCGGAUGAGCCUGUGCCUCUGUACGAACUGCUGCAAGAACACCACAGAGGCUCUGCUGUCCAUCUUGAUGAGGCGCCUCGCCCUAGCGUGGAGCUGACUCCGCCCAAUGAAUGUCUGACUCCGCCAGACCACGCAUACCAUAACCUGGAUCCUUCCAGCUUGGCCCUGAUGACGUCGAAUAACUCGAGCAGAUCGACACUUUUGCACCUGAACAGCAGAUUCUUCGACCGGAGACGGGUCACGCUGCGGGAACAUAGCCGAGAGCCUCAGCCCAAAAAACGUUCCUUGAAGAAUCUCGGUCUCAAGUUCCUCAAUGCCAAACAGCACUUUUUGCUUGCCGUGUGCCGAGACGUUUCUCUCAUUCCGUGUAUCAUGGGUCUCUGUGAGUCGUGGUGGAUAGUAUUUCUCAGCGGAGAAAAGUUCUCCGGCUCCAGAGCAGGCAUUACCACGGCCAGGGGCUCUGAGCAUUUCCUUGAAGGCAUUUGGUGCAUCGUGGCUGGCUACUUGCUGUACUCUGUUCUUGAUGGCCUCAUGGUCCGCUGGAUCGUCACUUACUCCACAACAGGCGCCAUUGUGCGUAUGUUGUCCAUGUCAACCAUCCUAGUGGCUAUCGAACAAUAUCUUGUCUCUGCAUUUUCCGCCGAGGGCUACCAAUAUGGUCUUCACACAUGGAUUCUCAUCUCAUGUGCGUUGACUUUGCUUUACAUCGUGCAAAACUUUGUCACACUGAACAUCGACUUGAAAGGUAAGCGGCGGGCACGCUUCUUCGAUUUUUACAAUAUUGUUGUGUUCGCUGUCGUGCCAGUAGGUUUGGCCUCCUUCAUCACAAUGAUUGGCCUUCUACGGUCCCUUUUGAUUCUACGGCUCGAUCUUGAGGAGCACGGACGCAGGUAG